AUGACACAAAAUUCAGAUGUGAUCUGUUCUAGUUGUGGUAAGAAGCACGGGGGAAGGCCAUGCUAUAGGGAGAUUGGAGCUUGCUUUGGUUGUGGGAAGCAAGGGCACAUGGUUAAGGAUUGUCCAAAGAAUAAAAAGUUUAUGAUUGGGAAGCCUAAGGAGGAGAAUAAAGAGGAUAAACAGAAGCCUAGGGCCCAAGGGAGGGUGUUUACCAUGACUCAUCGAGAUGCUCAGUCUACUUAUGAUGUUGUGACAAGUAUUAUCCGAAUCCACAAUUUAUUUGCUAGAGCCCUAAUUGAUCCAGGCUCAACACACUCUUUUGUUUCAAUAUCUUUUGUUGGUUUGUUGGGUAUGUCUGUUGCUUGCAUGGACUUUGAUUUGAUUAUUGCUACUCUUAUGGGAGUUUCUGUUGUGACCAGUAAAAUGUGGAGAUUGCCUUGUGAUGAUUGGAAAAAUGUGAUAUUUAGCAUCCCUGGUCAACUUGAGUUCAAUUUUGAGGGGAAGCAUACAGAUAGACCAUUGUGUAUGAUCUUAGCCUUACGAGCUAGUUCUUUGCUUAGGAAGGGUUGCCAAGGCUUUUUGGCUUAUGUGGUGAGUAAUGAAAGUGAUUUAAAGUUGGAAGACAUACCCGUUGUAAGGGAUUUUCCUGAUGUUUUUCCAGAUGAGUUGUCUGGCUUGCCACCAAAAAUGGAAGUGGAAUUUACGAUUGAUUUGGUACUAGGAACAACUCCUAUCUCUAAGACUCCAUACAGAAUGGCACCUGUGGAGCUUAAAUAG